CACCAAAACCUUGCUAAAAAUAGCAAAAACUAAAGCACUGCCUUACCUUUCUCUUUAACCUAAAACUCUCCAUUUCGUGAUUGCCGAGCGUCCAUCACCGGGUAGUUUCGAUCUGCACCCACACCCAGAGAGUGAACCACUACUCUCUCUCACUGAAAUCUAAAGCCUUUUUUUUUUUUUUUUUUUUUUUGGUUUUCAGCCAAUUGAGCUAAUGAUGGCAGCAGCUACAGCAGCAGGAGCAGCAACAGCAGCUACUCCUAGUGUUCAUGAGAAACCCGAGGCCUUUGCUUUGGUGGCAGGUGUUGAGGGUGUCACUGUGGAAGGGGACAACAUCCAUCAACACCCAUCGGGUCCUUCCGGGUUGACCCGUGACCUUGUCGCGGCUGUUCCAAGCUUUGGUUUCAACAGGAAGAAAAGGAUGGCUAGACAGAGGAGAUCAUCUUCCACCAUCAAACUUCUCUCUUUUACUAACAACUCCUCCUCCUCCUCCUCCUCAUCCUCGCACGUGCCUUCCCCCCCUCUCCCCACACGUGUUAUUGAUCCAAAGAGAUUGAGAUUCCUUUUCCAGAAGGAACUCAAGAACAGCGACGUAAGCUCCCUCCGAAGAAUGAUACUCCCUAAGAGAGCAGCGGAGGCUCACUUACCGGUCCUCGAGUCCAAAGAAGGGAUCCUCAUCAGCAUGGACGACUUAGAUGGACUGCAUGUAUGGAGCUUCAAGUACAGGUUUUGGCCGAAUAACAACAGCCGUAUGUACGUGCUCGAAAAUACCGGGGAAUUCGUUAGCACGCACGGAUUACAGCUCGGGGAUUUCAUCAUGGUGUAUCAAGAUAGCCUAAACCAGAAUUAUGUAAUCCAGGCGAAGAAGGCAUCGGACGAAGAUGUAUAUAGUGACAUAGCUAGGAACGGAGUGAAUGACCUAUUUCUCCAUGAUUAUGAGGCAACUAAGUCCAGCAACUAUUACUAUCCAAUGAUGGAGGAUAAUGGGAUGUCAUUUAUAUAUGACACCACCUUGAGCUUCUCAAAUGACUGCCCACUUGAUUUUCUGGGUGGAUCAAUGACCAACUAUUCAAGGAUGGGGUCUCUGGAAAGCUUUGGGUCUGUUGAAAACUUGUCACUUGAUGAGUUUUAUCAACUUUAAUAUCACCAUGGAUACUGUUUGUUUUAUAUUUUGUUAAACAACAAAACAAAAAAGGCUUUCAUCAUGAAAUGUCAAAGGAUGGGGCCAACUUUAUCCCUUAUUUUGGUGUUUUUUCAAGUGUUUCUACUUUUUUUGAGCAGCCGUUACAGUGAUGUCCAAUGUAAUAGAAAAUCAAAUCAAAUAAACAUAAAGUGAAGCUAGAUGUUGUUCUCC